CCUUUCGACCAAUCAGAGUCGACCAAACUGGAUCGAUGUCAAACGAUGCAGCGGCCAUUGAAAACGAAGUGUCAGAUUUUCUUGUUGUCAUCUGUGUCGUCUGCGCGAUCGAUAUUAUAAAUUGGUUUUCGGGGUUUGAGGAGGUCGUGUGACUAUUGAGCCAUUGAUGUGGUGUUUAAUAUAGUGUUCUAAUUUGUGUAAAGUUCUUACGUAAGUGUAAAAAUGGAUACAGCGGGCGCGUAUGGCGGAGGAAAAGCUGGCGGGGCGUUCGACCCUCAGGCUUUUAUCCAAAGGCCUCCUGUGAUCGUGAGGGCGGUUUGCUGGCUGUUCAGCGUGAUCGUGAUGGGCUGCAUAUCGGCCAAGGGCUGGUACGUGGACAAGGAAGACCACAAGGAGUACUGCGUGUACAACAAGGACACCAAUGCGUGCAACUAUGGCGUCGGCAUCUCCGUGAUCGCGUUCAUAGCAUCCGUCGGCUUCAUAGUUGGCGAAUACCUCUUCGAGCAGAUGUCCUCCGUGAAGACGAGGAAGCAUUAUGUGCUGGCUGAUCUGGGCUUCUCUGCGUUCUGGGCGUUCCUUUACUUCGUGGGCUUCUGCUACCUGUCCAACGCCUGGGGCAAGACCGACAACCCCCCCUACGGAACCGCCAACAACAUGCAGGGUGCCAUCGCCUUCUGUUUCUUCUCGAUCUUUGCUUGGGUGGGCUGCGCUUUCUUCGCGCUGCAGCGGUUCCGCAUGGGUGCUGAAGCGGCGUUCGCGCCCGCCUACGAGGUUGAGGGAGCUGUGGGCAGCCCUGGCGCCUUCCCUGCCUACCCCGGCGCGCCCGACCCACAGCCUGCCUACAGCGACCCGCCCUUCUCGCAGACGCAGCCAGGCAACAUUGACUACACGGCCCCCACCUACUAAGCCGGCGGGAUCCGCGCACCUUUCCCUUUGCGUUUGCGCACCGAGUAAGUAAUAAUUAAUACAGCGCCCUCUACAACAACAGGCAGUCAAAAUCGUGGCGGUUACAAAUCAACAAUAGGUUUUCUCGCAGUAUUGUAUACUGUUAACGCUUAAUGAAAAACUUCUGAUCAAAAGUUGUGACAACCAAAAUAGGCAAAACUUGGAUUUCGAUUAUAACUUUUCAGCUGUAAUAAUGGACAUCAAAAUAAUUCUUUAAGUAUGUAUGAACCAUAACGUUAUCAAUGUGUUUUUCAACUCGCCUUUCAUAGACUAACUAGACUUUUUGACCUGUCAAACAUGUGUAGAAAUUGCAAGUUUAGGAGUGGGGUCAAAAAUGUGUAUUACUUUGAUGUUAUUAGGAAAACAACUAA